AAAGCAAAGUGAGGCUGCUGGCUCGCCUGGCUGCUGGCUGGCGGCUUUGAGCUUGCGUUGCGAUUGGUAGUACUUGUUAGUGUCACGGGCGGAGGUGCGCGUUCGGCUAGCAGCCGUUCGGGAAAAUCGAGUUUUUCGGCAGCUUACACGCGUCGGGCCGAAGCGGGCCGGGUCCAAGUGCUGCGUGAGUCGGUGCCGAACGGAGCAAAUUGUGUGUUUUAGUGCGUAGACGCGCGUUGGCCAUGAGAUUUGAGUGCGUCUGACCAUCUGCGGGCUGACCGAGCGACCCGAGAACGACGGCUGCUCUGCUCCGGCUGCACUCUGGGGCUCUGCUACGUCCUCCAGCCAUCGAUUGAAGAGAUAACUGAUGUCGUGAUCAGCUAGAGGAGCGACAUUAAAGAUGCAUCCCGCGGACGGGGGCACGCUGCUGCUGCGGACGGCGCUUGUCGUGGCGGUAGCGCUGGUGGCGCGCUGCUCGGCCGGCGGCAUCGUGCGCACCUUUACAGAUGAGGCCACCGAGAAGUUCAACCACAUGGUCGUGGACAAAAACACGGGCCGUGUGUUCGUUGGCGCCGUCAACCGGCUGUACCAGCUGUCGCCGGAGCUGGAGCUGGUCAUGAGCGAGAUCACCGGGCCGUUCGAAGACUCGCCCGACUGCUCCGUGCUCGACUGCCCACCCAACGUCGUCAAAAAAUUCACGGACAACGUCAACAAGGCGCUUGUCAUCGACUACAGCACCACCAGGCUCAUCAGCUGCGGCAGUCUCUUGCAGGGAAUCUGCUCAGUGCGCAAUCUGCACAACAUCUCGGACGUGCAGAUGCGGGUGAAGGAGGCGGUGGUGGCCAACAACUCGACGGCGUCGACGGUGGCGUUCGUGGCGCCAGGCCCGCCGAACCCGCCGGUGAGCCAGGUGCUGUACGUUGGUGUGACGUACACUGGCAACUCGCCGUACAGGUCGGAGGUGCCGGCCGUGUCGAGCCGCAGCCUGGAGCGCGACCGAAUGUUCAACAUCGCGCAGACGGCGGUGACCACGGGCACGCGAAUGUUUGUCAACUCGCUGGCCCGCGAGCGCUACCCGAUCAACUACAUUUACGGCUUCAGCUCGGAAGGCUUCAGCUACUUUUUAACCACACAGAUGCGCUCGACGUCGCCUUCGCCGACCGUCUUCAUCUCGAAGUUGGUGCGCGUAUGCCACGACGAUGAGAACUACUACUCGUACACAGAGAUCCCGCUCGUGUGCACCUCAACUAACGAGAAAAUCGACUACAAUCUGGUGCAGGCCGGGUACGUCGGCAAACCUGGCUCGGACCUCGCCUCGGCGCUUGGCAUCACCGCGCAGGACGACGUCCUCUUUGCCGUCUUCUCAGAGAGCGAUAAGACAGAGGGUGACACUUCCAUGAAGCCUAGCCAGUCGAGCGCCCUCUGCGUCUACUCGCUCAAGGACAUCCGCCGCAAGUUCAUGACCAACAUCAAGAACUGCUUCAACGGACAGGGCAGCCGCGGCCUCGACUUCAUCUCGCCCAGCCACACCUGCAUCCUCACCAAACUGCAAACAAUCGGCGAGGAUUUCUGUGGUUUGGAUGUGAACACGCCUCUGGGCGGCGAAAUACCGAUGGCUGCUCUUGCCGUCUCGACGUUUGGAGUGCACCUCACGGCUGUGGCCGCGACAUCCACCGGAGAUUUCACUGUCGUUUUUAUCGGCACGUCUGACGGUCACCUUAAAAAGGUGGCGGUUGAGUCGAGCGAGUCGGCGCUCGAGUAUGGCGACAUUACGGUGGACGCCAACUCGAUGGUCAACGCUGACCUCCAUUUCGACUCGAAGCUGACCCAUCUCUACGUGAUGACCGAGAAGAGGGUGUCCAAGGUCAAAGUUCAGGAAUGCAACGUCUAUAAGACCUGCUGGGAUUGCCUCAACGCCAAGGAUCCCUACUGCGGCUGGUGCUCGCUCGAAAACAAGUGUAGCUUGCGAAGCGACUGCCAAGACGCAGCCAAGGACCCAUUGUACUGGAUCCCUUACAAAAGUGGCCGGUGCACAACAAUCACCUCAGUGUCACCCAAUCAGCUGCAAAGAACCACUGCCAGAACCCUGGAUCUCGUCAUUGAAAACCUUCCCACGUUGAGUGGGCAGUUUCUGUGUGCCUUCUCAGCUUUGGACAAGACUCUGAUCACAAACGCAACCAGAAAGUCGUACGGUGUUAACUGCACCACGCCACGAACUGACCUGCUGCCAUCCAUUCCCCCUGGCCUGCAUCAUUUUGUGGCCAAACUUUCCGUGAGGAUGACCUCCGGCCCCGACUUUGUGGCCACCAACUUCACGUUCUUCGACUGCAACACGUAUAGCUCAUGCACCCAGUGUGUUUCCUCCUCAUUCCCUUGUGAUUGGUGCGUGGACGGCCACAGAUGCACACACGACACUGCUGAGAACUGCAGAAAUGAUAUUCUCGUGACCGGAGUUAGCAGGGUCGGACCCAGUUACAGAAGCGGCCCCAGCUUCUGCCCAACAAUCAAUGCCACCGCCGGCACGUCAACUGAGAUCUUGGUCGCGUCUGGCAUCAAGAAAAGCAUCAGGGUGAAAGUCCACAUCAUCGGACAAUUCAUAGUGCAGACCCGGUUUGUGUGCCAAUUCAAUAUCGAGGGCAGGGUGACUUCUGUGAACGCGAAUUUGCUGGCGGACACGAUUUACUGCGAUCCGAUGGAGUUUUCGUACACGUCGAGGGCGCCGAACAUCACGGCCACGUUUGCCGUGAUCUGGGGCGGGUCUAAGCCACUGGACAACCCUGACAAUAUGCAUGUGGUGAUCUACCGAUGCCGAGACAUGGCGGACAAUUGCGGCAUGUGCCUUGCGCUGUCUGAGAAGUACGGGUGCGGCUGGUGCCAGAGCUCAGACCGGUGUGAGGUGAAGGAACAGUGCGACCGCGGCGCCGGCGUCUGGCUCAACCGCAACCAGACGUGUCCCAACCCGGAGGUGCAUACAUUCGAGCCGGCGCUUGGCCCCUGGGAGGGCGGCACCAACAUCACCAUCCGCGGCAUCAACCUCGGCAAGACCUUUUCCGACAUCUACAGUGGCGUCACCGUCUCCGGCAUGACCUGCGAGCCGUACAAGGAGCUCUAUGUCAAGACCAAGCAGAUUGUGUGCCAGGUCGACAGUCCAGGCACCAACGAGCACAGAAAGGGACCUGUCAUCGUUAAGGUUGAGGACUUCCGUGGCGAGUCUAAGCAGAACUACGAGUUCGUCAAUCCAGUCAUUGAGUCAAUCCACCCGAAAUUCGGUCCCCAGUCAGGAGGAACCAAGCUCAAGAUUACCGGUCAGUUCAUGAACGCAGGCAGCAGGAUCCAGGCUUUCAUCAACGACCUGCCCUGCGAGAUUAAAAGAACGGAUUCGAGGGAGGCAGAGUGCAUCACGAGCGCUUCCGACAGGCAAAGAAGCGGCAAGCUGAGGAUGAAAUUCGACAACGGCGACCGGUUCUUUGAUACUGAGCUGUACGAGUACGUGGACGACCCAACGAUUGAGUACGUCGAAUCCGGGGUCGCCAGUCAGGAUAAGAUUCCAAAGGGAAUUCCUGCCGGCGGCAUCAAAGUGUCCGUGUCUGGCAAGAAUCUGGCGUACAUCCAAUCGCCCGAGAUGUACGUGAUUUAUAACGACAACAAGUUCACCAGCCCGUGUGUUGUUUUGAGCAACUCAAACAUGGCCUGUAAGUCGCCGCGGAUCGAAUUUGAGGGGAAAGAACCAGAUUUGGAGCUGUCGAAGGGGCUCAUCUACGGAUUCCACAUGGACAACGUACAGAGCGUGCAGAAUCUGCCCAAUCAGAAUGGCUACAGCCGCUUUUUCUUGUACCCUAACCCUAUUUACGAGCCGUUUGACGAGGAAAUCAAGUAUUACAAGAGCGACUACCUAACCAUCAACGGCUAUCAUCUGGACCGCGCGUGCCAGGAGUCUGACGUGAAGGUGGAAAUCGGAGACUCUCUGUGCAACGUGACGUCGCUAUCGCGGCAGCAGCUGACGUGUAGACCGCCGACAGUGCAGCCUCCGGCCAAGGGACCAAACGGCAGGCCAGACCCUAACGAGCUUCCAGAGGUAGUUGUCACCGUCGGCGGCUCGCUCGUCUAUCGCAUCGGCAAACUGAGCUACGCGUCGCCCUCGGGCAUCGACCAAACCAUCUCCAAGCAGGUCAUCAUCGGCAUCAGCAUCAUUGGAGUCAUCCUCACAUGCAUCUGCAUCGUCUUCUCCGUGCUCUACCGCAGAAAGUCGACAGAGAGCAACCGCGUGCUCAAGAACAUGCAGGAGCAAAUGGACAUUCUCGAACUUCGCGUCGCCGCAGAGUGCAAAGAAGCUUUUGCUGAGCUGCAAACCGAAAUGACCGAUUUAACCGGUGACCUGACGUCUGGCGGCAUUCCGUUCCUCGACUACCGCACCUACGCAAUGAAGAUUCUGUUCCCCAACAUGGACGACCACGCCGUGCUGUCAAUGGACCGGCCCGAACUGAUCAGAAAAGAAAAGGGACUGCGGCUGUUUGGCCAGCUCAUCAUGAACAAGACUUUCUUGCUGCUGUUCAUCCGAACUCUGGAAAGCAACCGAUACUUCUCCAUGAGAGACAGGGUGAACGUGGCCUCGCUCAUAAUGGUGACACUGCAAGGCAGAAUGGAGUACUGCACCGAUAUACUCAAGACUCUGCUGGCAGAGUUGAUUGAAAAGUGCAUGGAAGGGAAAAGUCAUCCAAAACUUUUGCUCAGAAGAACUGAAAGUGUGGCAGAGAAGAUGUUGUCUGCGUGGUUCACCUUCCUGCUGUACAAAUUCCUGCGCGAGUGCGCUGGGGAGCCGUUGUUCUUGUUGUUCCGAGCCAUCAAGUACCAAGUGGAGAAGGGCCCGGUGGACGCGAUCACAAGCGAGGCCCGCUAUUCGCUCAGCGAGGAGAAGCUGAUCAGGCAGUCGAUCGACUUUAAGCCGAUGACCGUGUAUGUGUCCAUCUCGCAGCAGACAGUCAUCAUGGGCAUGCACGACCCCAACACCGAAAACACGCCUGUUAAGGUGCUUGACUGCGACACCAUCGCGCAGGUCAAGGAGAAGGCCCUCGACACCAUCUACAGGGCCGUCAGCUACAGCCAGCGACCUAGAAAGGAAGAUCUUGAUCUUGAAUGGAGGACUGGCACGUCAGGCCGACUCCUGCUCUACGAUGAAGACACAACCACCAAGCUGGAGAGUGAAUGGAAGAAGAGGAACACUCUCAACCACUACAGGGUGCCAGACAAUGCCCAGCUGAAUCUAGUCCCAAAGUCGUCGUCUAUGUACAACCUGUCCAUCCUGCCUGACAAAUACGACAAGUCUCACAAGUACGAGACCCUUAACGUCUCCAAAUUCAGCUCGGCGAGUCCGCCGCUGAGCAGGGCCACGUCGCCGCUCAACCACGACAAUGAGGGCGGAAUGAAGGUGUGGCACUUGGUAAAGCACCAUGACAACGACGCCCAAAAGGAGGGUGAACGAGGCAACAAGAUGGUCUCAGAGAUUUACCUGACGAGACUGCUGGCCACAAAGGGCACCCUGCAGAAGUUCGUCGACGAUCUGUUCGAGACCAUCUUCAGCACCGCCCACCGGGGAAGCGCACUGCCCUUGGCCAUCAAGUAUAUGUUCGAUUUCCUUGACGACCAGGCGCUCCAGCACGGCAUCUCAGACGCCGAGGUUGUUCACACGUGGAAGAGCAACAGCUUGCCACUGAGGUUCUGGGUGAACCUUAUAAAGAACCCUAACUUUGUGUUUGACAUCCACAAGUCAAACAUCGUAGACUCCUGCCUGUCGGUGGUGGCUCAGACUUUCAUGGACUCGUGUUCCACCUCUGAGCACAGAUUAGGCAAGGAUUCACCCAGCUCAAAACUACUCUACGCCAAGGACAUUCCCCAGUACAAGGAGUGGGUGGACCGCUACUACAAGGACAUCCAAUCCAUGUGUGCCAUAUCCGACCAGGAUAUGAAUGCCAUGUUGGCUGAAGAAUCCAGGCUGCACUCCAAAGAGUUCAACGUCAACUGCGCCCUGCACGAGUUGUACAUGUACGCGUACAAAUACAACGAGCAGUUAACAGUGACUCUGGAGGAGGACGAGUUCUCUCAAAAGCAAAGACUUGCGUACAAACUGGAACAAGUGCAUAAUAUCAUGGAGUCCGAAUCCAACCCGUAACAGCAAGUGUGUUUGAGUGUGUGUGCGUUCGUGUCGAUGUGCUAAAAUGUAUGUACAUAUCUAUGAGGAAAAAAAUGACUCAAACGUUUGCACCGCACCGAGAGUGACGAGUUCUAUUCCUCGGCUGAAUAUGUGGAUGCGGAGAGAGAGAGAAAGAGAAAAAACCUAACUAGAACCGACCACGAUCAUCGAGCGCUGCUUUUUUCCUUGAUUCUCUCACUCUGUCAGCAAUAAUACCGAAAAAAAGAAAGAAAGAAAACAAAACGCAAGGCCCGUUUGGUUUCCACUCACUCACGUCAGUCAAUGUUGUAGCUGAACCCCUCACUAGCUUACAAAAGUUAUUCACUCUACACUUACAAAUUGUUGCUCAAAUUGUUGGGAUAAGUAGGACUUGCCCUGCCCCUUGAAUCUAUUUUUCCGUUGGUGCGUUUUUAAAUUGGCAGCUCCUUUCAUAUUCGAUUAUUAAUUCAACCCCCCUCCCCCACACACACGAAAUGUACAAGUAGGUAUUUUGCAUUUAUCUUGCGUUGAAUGCUGUUAUUUUCCGUGCAAUUUUGUUUGUAAAGAGAUUUUAUUCGAAGAUAUUGUCUGAUAGGCCUAUAUUGAAAUAUUGUAUGAUAAUCUGUUAGUUUUCACAAACGAUGAGUGAGAAGUAAAAGAAUCGAAGGCUUGCUUUUUUCCGAGGGUGCUCCGCCAGCUAAUUUUUUAUAGAAUGUCAUUUUAACUGUGCCAAUUUUUUUUAUUCAUUUUCGAGUGCACAAAAUUUUGUGUUUGUCUCUCGUCCGUACUUAGAGUAUUCAACUGCGCCAUUUUUUUAAUCGUGUAUUUUUUAAAUAUUUUAACACGCAGCCCGCAAACAAAGAAAAAUUAUGAUUACAUAACGCAACACCGUUUUUGUCAAAGUAAUAAUGUGAGACUGGACACACGCAACACACUGCUUUCCUUUUUGAUAGUUGGCUGAAUUUUAAAGUUACGGUGUCCAUCAAUGGCUUAAAUGUUUGCUGUGUACAUUAACACAUAAGAAAGAAAAAACGUUCGUGUGGAGCAAGUGGAAAAACUUUUUAAAUACUUUCAAACGAGUGCCAUGCAUGAAGAUUAUCGGAACAAAAAAGCACUUCUCCAUUUCGAUUAUAAAAUAAUCUCUGUCCAAUGUCAAUGAAAAUACACACAUACCCACACACACACACAUGCGAUGAUCAAACACAUUUAACGAGAGCUGCAAGUUUAUAAAAAUGAGGACCAAAAAUUCAUAAAAUUCCGAUUACCGGCUUCGACCGAAUCGCUAUCCGUUUUCAUUUUUUGCGGCAGUCUUUUCACCGAUCCGAUCGUAACGUAAAAAAAAUAAAACUAUAUCAUUGGACUUCAGAGAACCAUUGAUUGUGUCUCAGGAAAUACCUUGCAGCGAAAAAAUAAACACUAACUGGUCUACCGUAAUUAAUGGAAAGCUGGUGUUGUGCUCGAGUGGGAGAAGUGCGAGUGCUGCUUAAUAAAAAAAGGCCGAGAUGACGAUGAGAAUGUGAACUAUUUCGUAUAAGCAUAUAAGGAUAUCAAUAUGUGUUUUUAAGACUGGGAUUGUUUCUCCUUUGUAUACACUGGUGUGCAUGUGGAAACGAAACAACUAAUUAAUAUUAACCGGUAACGCAAGCAUGUGAAUAAGAAAGAAAGAAGGAAAGAAAGAAAGAAAGGAAAAUUCUCAACUCGACGGUGUGUAAAAAUUUCUCAAGAGAGAGAGACGAAUAAUUACUUUUGUGUCGAUUAUUUCCGAUUUACUGCUGCUGAUUAUGAUCUUUGUGGUAACUAUAUUAUAUACAACAUAAAUAUAUAAAUGUGUACGAACACUUCUCAAAACCACUGUCCAGAUAAUAGGGCCCUAGCUAUUAGCGUAAUAUUCUUUAGUUUAUUUUAUUAUCGCUAAGUCAGAUGAUGAACCUUUAGAGCAAUCAUUUGGUUUGAUUUUGUAACUUUUUAUUAAAUGACGGAAGAUUUAAGAUAAA